AUGAAGAUUUACAGAUGUUGCGAAACAGGUGAUGAAAUGUUCACGGACACCUACCCACUUGAACUUGUAGGUGGCCUGUUCAGGAUUAAAGGCAGGUAUGUUUGCCGAUCAGAAAAGUUUGACGAUUCUAAAAUUGGCGCCAAUGCCAGCGCUGAAGAGCAGCAGGAUGAAGGAGCAGAUGAAAGCAGCUACUCCGGCAUAGAUGUCGUUCUUGACAACAGGCUACAGAAAACUGGCUUUUCCUCAAAGAAAGAUUUCAUGUCAUAUUUCAAGGACCUACUUAAGAAGAUAGAGGCAUACAAAAAGGAGAAGAAUCCAGAUUUUGAUGUGACAGCCUGGCGAACUGAGAUCCAGAAUACUUUCAAGACUGUCCUAGCCAGUUUUGACCAGUAUGAAUUCUACACUGGAGAAUCGUGCAACCCAGAUGGUACCAUUGCCAUGGUGAAAUGGGAAACCCCAGCAGGAGAGACAGAUGAUAUUCCUUAUGUGUACUUCUUUGCUGAUAGUGUCAGGGAAGAGAAAGUUUGA